AUGCCUUACCUCUACUCGGCCCCAGGGCCUCAAGAGCCCCCCACCCCCAAGGACGCCCGCAUCACCCACUCCUCCGGCCAGAGCUUCGAGGAGCUGAGGCGGGCGUGCCUGCAGACGGGAGUCCUGUUUGAAGAUGCAGACUUCCCAGCUAACAGCUCCUCUCUCUUCUACAGCGAGAGGCCCCAGAUCCCCUUCGUGUGGAAACGGCCAGGGGAAAUAGUGAAAAACCCAGAAUUUAUUCUUGGAGGGGCCACCAGGACAGAUAUCUGCCAGGGGGAGCUUGGUGACUGCUGGCUUUUAGCUGCCAUUGCCUCCCUUACGCUAAAUGAAAGCGCGCUGGCUAGAGUCGUCCCCCCGGACCAAAGCUUUGGCCCCGGGUACGCCGGGAUAUUCCACUUCCAGUUCUGGCAGCAUGGCGAGUGGCUGGACGUGGUGAUCGAUGACCGACUGCCCACCUUCAGGGACCGCUUGGUGUUCCUGCACUCCGCCGACCACAGCGAGUUCUGGAGCGCCUUGCUGGAGAAAGCCUACGCCAAGCUGAAUGGGAGCUACGAGGCUCUGAAGGGGGGCAGUGCCAUCGAGGCCAUGGAAGACUUCACCGGGGGCGUGGCAGAGACCUUCACAACCAAAGACGCGCCACGGAACUUCUGUGAGAUUCUCAACAAGGCCUUGAAGAGGGGCUCGCUGGUGGGCUGCUCCAUCGAUAUCAGAAAUGCUGCAGAAUCUGAAGCCCGGACACCUUUUGGUCUCAUUAAGGGUCAUGCCUACACCGUGACGGGGGUUGACCAGGUAAAUGUCCAUGGCCAGAAAAUUGAGCUCAUCCGAGUCCGGAACCCUUGGGGCCAAGUUGAGUGGAACGGGUCCUGGAGCGACAGUUCUCCUGAGUGGCGUUCUGUUGGCCCCGCUGAGCAAAGGCGCCUGUGUCACACCGCUCUGGACAACGGGGAGUUCUGGAUGGCGUUCCGGGACUUCCGGGCCCACUUUGACAAGGUGGAGGUCUGCAACCUCACCCCCGACGCCCUGGGAGAGGAGGCUGUCCACAGGUGGGAGGUGACAGUCCACCAGGGAAGCUGGGUGCGGGGCUCCACGGCCGGCGGCUGCCGCAACUUCCUGGAUACCUUUUGGACCAACCCACAAAUAAAAUUGUCCCUGACUGAGAAAGAUGAUGGAAGGGAGGAAUGCACAUUCCUUGUAGCCCUGAUGCAGAAAGACCGAAGAAAACUCAAGAGGUUUGGUGCCAGUGUGCUGACCAUCGGCUAUGCCAUUUACCAGUGCCCCGGCCAAGACGAACACCUGAACAAAGACUUCUUCAGAUACCACGCCUCCCGGGCCAGAAGCAAGGUGUUCAUCAACCUGCGAGAAGUCUCCGACCGGUUCUCACUGCCCCCCGGGGACUACAUCCUCAUCCCCAGCACUUUCGAGCCCCAUCAGGAAGCCGAUUUCUGCCUGAGGAUCUUCUCGGAGAAGAAAGCCAUUACCCGGGACAUGGAUGGCAGGGUAGACAUCCACCUUCCUGAGCCUCCAAAGCCGAGUCCACCCAGCCAAGAGACGGAGGAGGAACAACAGUUCCGGGCCCUGUUUAAAAACAUCGCUGGUGAGGACAUGGAGGUGACAGCAGAGGAACUCCAAUAUAUUUUAAAUGCUGUGCUGCAAAAAAAAAAGAACAUCAAAUUCAAGAAGCUCAGCCUAAUUUCCUGUAAAAACAUCAUUUCUCUAAUGGACACCAGCGGUAAUGGGAAGUUAGAGUUCAGGGAAUUCAAAGCGUUCUGGGAGAAGCUGAAGAUGUGGACAAACCUUUUCCUGCAGUUCGAUGCUGACGAAUCCGGCACCAUGUCCUCCUAUGAGCUGCGGACCGCCCUGAAAGCCGCAGGCUUCCAGCUCAGCAGUCCCCUCCUGCAGCAGAUCGUCCUCAGGUGUGCGGACCAGGAGCUCCACCUGGGCUUCGACGACUUCCUGAACUGCCUGGUCCGGCUGGAGAAUGCAAGCCGGGUGUUCCAGGCUCUCAGGACGAAGAACAAGGAGUUCAUUCAUCUCAACAUAAACGAGUUCAUCAUCUUGACAAUGAACAUUUGAGGCUUCUCUGGCGGGGAUGCAGUCUGUCUGGCUGAGUCUUGGUUUGGACCGUGAACUUCAGAACGUCUGCUGGUGUACAGCCUUCAGGCGCAGGCGUCUCUCCGCUUCCACUGUCCCACCCUAUCAUGAC